AUGGAGUCCUCACUGCUGGAGCCAACGCUGUAUCUGAUCAAGGGCAUCGUCAUCCUCGAUAAUGAUGGAAACCGAAUCCUCGCCAAGUAUUACGAUGACACAUUCUCAAGCGUAAAAGAGCAAAAGGCCUUUGAGCGCAACCUGUUCAACAAGACCCAUCGAGCGAAUGCUGAAGUUAUCAUGCUCGAUGGAAUGACUUGCAUCUACCGUAACUCUGUGGACCUCUUCUUUUACGUAAUGGGCAGUUCUAAUGAAAAUGGGUUAAUCCUCGCCAGCGUAAUGCACUGCUUGUACGAAUCAAUGUCUCAUAUUCUGAAAAAGAACGUCGAGAAAAAAUCCCUUCUCGAUAACUUGGACAUGGUUAUUCUGGCUUUAGAUGAAAUCUGUGAUGGCGGAAUCCUUCUUGAGGCGGAUCCCAACAAUGUUGUACAAAAGGUAGUCGUCAAAAUAGAGGACAUUUCCUUCAACGAGCAAACGGUGGCGCAAGUGCUACAAUCGGCCCGUGAACAGCUUAAAUGGUCGCUUUUGCGUUGA